UACUCCGCUGAUUGGUGUGUUUUUUCCUCUUGGAAACCAUCUCAUUGGAAACAUUCCUGAUCACCGACUCACCCGAGAUAAAAAUCUCCAACUCUGAAAACAACUGAAAUCUUCUGAUUCGCAAGAUACUCGUUAGCCACUUGGAGUCACAGUUUGCUACUUCAGUUCUCAAAAAGGAAGUAAAAAGGAAUUGAAAAAUGCGGCGCUCCUUGGUUUCUCUGUGCUGGCUGCUCGUGUGCACCUCGAUGCUGAGCUGCUGCCUCUCGGAACCUAUUGAUUGCCUUCAGGAACAGAGAAGGCUGCGGGCUCAGGUGAGAGCUCUGGAACUUCGGAUUAAACAGCAACAACUUCAGACUGAGCGCAUCUUGAGAGAGAGAGAAAGCUCACAAUGCAUUAAUGCUUCAGAAAAUGAUGAAUCCCUGAAUGAACUGGAAGGAAGAAAAUACUUUGCAGAUUGUGCAGAGGCCUACAACAGUAAAAAAAGGCACAGCGGAUUUUACAGAAUUCAGCCGUUGUCUUCACCUUCAAGCUUUCUCGUGUAUUGUGACAUGACAGAAGGAGGAGGAUGGACUGUCGUUCAGAGGCGGGCUGAUGGCAGAGAAAACUUUGACAGGGUCUGGUCUGAUUAUAAACAAGGAUUUGGAAACUUCCAAUCAGUCAAUGGAGAAUAUUGGAUUGGAAAUGACAACUUGCAUUUUUUGACAUCUCAAGGGGACUACACAAUGAAAAUUGAUCUCACUGACUGGGAAGGUGACAAACGGUAUGCACAAUAUAAACAUUUCAAAGUUCAAAAUGAAGAGAAUUCAUAUGCUUUAAGCUUUGGUGCUUUCACUGGAUCUGCAGGAGAUUCACUGAGUGGCACCUAUAUUCCUGAGGUUCAAUGGUGGGCCAACCAUAAUGGCAUGAAAUUCAGCACAAAGGACAGGGAUAAUGACCGUUAUCAUGGCAACUGUGCAAAAGAAGACAAGAGUGGAUGGUGGUUUAACAGAUGUCACUCUGCCAACUUGAAUGGAUAUUACUACAAUAAAGGGCCUUUCAAUUCAAAGACGGAUGAUGGGAUUAUAUGGUACACCUGGCAUGGAUGGUGGUAUUCGCUAAAGUCUACAGCCAUGAAGAUUAGACCUUCAGAAUUUGUACCAGCUUCAGACUGAAUGUUCCAACUUUUCAUGCAAUUUAACUCAAUUUAUAUUAUUGUACUAUUCUGAUUCCUCUCAGUAAUAUAUAUUACAAUAUGCCAACACUAACACUAUUCAGCAUAAUUGUUCCUCAGCAUUUUCCUUGGAGCAAACAUUUAAUGGUAAAAGAAUAUUACCAUAAAAGAAUGGUAAAAGUCCAUUCUGGUGAUUUCAGUUAAUAGCAAUAUAUAACAUUUAGUAUGUAUCAUAACGUGGAGUUGUCAUAUUAUCUGAAUAACAUUACCUGAUUUUAGUGGGUGGAAUGGUUUGUUUUAAUGCCAGGUAUAUGUAACUUUAUCCUACAGCAUGAUACAUAAGGUACAUUGUCUCAACUUAUCUGCUUUAUUUUCUUAAUUAUAUUUUAAUUCAAACAGUCAGAAUACUUUUUUUAACUGGUGAACAAUUUUCCUGUAUGGCUUGCAUUCCAGUUUUCUUGUAUGGCUUGUGUUCCAACAAUUAUUCCAGUUUUGUAUCACUUAGACAGGAAAUAUUGGUUAUGAAUCAUUAUGACAUUAAAUAGAAACUGUUGUGUACAACUGGGCUUGUACACACUGGAAUUAAGGAGAUUGAAAGGGGAUCUGAUUGCAACAUAUAAGAUUAUUAAGGGAUUGGACAAGAUAGAGGCAGGAAAUAUGUUCCAGAUGCUGGGAGAAUCCAGUACCAGAGGGCAUGGUUUGAGAAUAAGGGGUUGGUCAUUUAGGACAGAGUUAAGAAAAAACUUCUUCUCCCAGAGAGCUGUGGGGGUCUGGAAUGCACUGCCUUGGAAGUAAGUGGAGGCCAAUUCUCUGGAUGCUUUCAAGAAGGAGCUAGAUAGGUAUCUUAUGGAUAUGGGAAUCAAGGGAUAUAGGGACAAGGCAGGAACCGGGUAUUGAUAGUAGAUGAUCAGCCAUGAUCUCAGAAUGGCGGUGCAGGCUCGAAGGGCCAAAUGGUCUACUUCUGCACCUAUUGUCUAUUGAUGUUUUGAAUAAUGAAAGUAUUAUGCUUGCUCAUUGCAACUCCACAAAUCUCUGGUGAGACUGCACUUAGAGUAUUGUGUUCAAUUUUGGUCACCUCAUUAUAGGAAGGAUGUGGAAGCUAUGGGGAGGGUGCAGAGGAGAUUUACCAGGAUGUUGCCUGGAUUGGAGAACAAGUCAUAUGAAGCAAGGUUAGCAGAGCUGGGACUUUUCUCUUUGGAGCAUAGAAGAAUGAGAGGGGACUUGAUAGAGGUCUACAAGAUUAUGAGAGGCAUAGAUGGGGUGGAUAGUCAGUACCUGUUUCCCAGGGCACCAAUAGCAAACACCAGAGGGCAUAUGUACAAAAUUAAGGGAGGGAAGUUUAGGGGAGACGUCAGGGGUAAGUUGUUUUUUUUUAAAAAAACACAGAGGGUUGUGAGUGCCUGGAAUGACUUGCCAGGGAUGGUGGUGGAGGCUAAAAUAUUAGGGGUAUUUAAGAGCCUCUUGGACAGGCACAUGGAUGAAAGAAAAAUGGAGGGUUAUGGGGUUGUGUGGGUUCAGUACAUUUUUUUAAGGAUUAUAUGGGUCAGCACAACAUGGAGGGCUGAAGGGCCUGUACUGUGCUGUAGUGUUCUAUGGUUCUAUCAAACAGAAAAUAGGACCCAGAGCAGGCAAUUCAACGCUUUGGAUCUGUUUGGCUAUUCCAUAUGAUCGUGGUUAAUCAUCCACGUUAGAAUCCUGUUCUUAAUUUUCUACUUAUCUGUUAAACUAUUUCAUAUUGAGUAAAUCAGUAUAUUUAGUUCCCUCCUUUACAGAUUUAAUGACUGCUUUUUGUAACAGAGAAUAAUUGGUACUUCUUUAUCUAUACAUUCUCCAUGUCUGGGUGAAGACUUUAAUUCCUGAUUUACGUUCUCAGUAGCAUACCCAUUAUCCUAUGUUUGUGAGCCCAUUAUUCUGGACUGUCAAGUCAAGUCAAGUUUAUUGUCAUUUCAACCAUAGACUGCUGGUACAGUACACAGUAAAAAUGAAACAACGUUCCCCCGUGACCCUGGUGCUACAUGAAACAACACAAAACUACACUAGACUACGUGAGACAGCACAAGGCUACACUGGAC